AUGACUCCCAACAUUGUUACCGAAGCUCAUUCCCACUCAUUCGGUUCUCGAAUGACGGUAGCUCAGAGAAAAGAGGCACAUGAAUUGAGAAAGACUCUCAAGCCACUGAUGGAAAAGAGAAGGCGUGCUCGCAUUAAUGAGAGCCUCAAUAACUUGAAAACACUCAUUCUCCCCCUGGUCGGCAAAGACGCUUCACGCUAUUCAAAACUCGAGAAAGCUGACAUUCUUGAAAUGACAGUCCGGUUCCUCAGAGAUCUGCCUUCCUCAUCAGCUAAUGGUCAAACAGACAGCUAUAAAGAGGGAUAUAAAGCCUGUCUGCAGCGCAUCUCUACGCUCCUGCCCCAAUCCAACCUUGACACAGACACCCAUCACCGCGUCAACGAGUUCAUCCAGCACUCGAUGGUGUCUGCUACAUCGGCCUGCCAGAACUGCUGUGCGCAGAGCUCCAGAAUGAUUUCAGAAAUGCAUCAGAGACUUGUGAGCAUUAGGAACAACAUCUCUGCGACGGGAAACCACACGGUCAGUACCGCGUCAGCUUCAAGCCAACCCCAGCCUGAACCACAAGCAGCUGCGGAUAUGUGGAGGCCUUGGUGA